AGUGCUGUGUUUUUUUUUAAUGAGAGAAGAAACAGUUUGCGAUAGUUUUCUGUCUAUCAGUUUACUAUCACCCGAUACUGUCAUUGUAAAGGAGAAGCACUAUGAUUGCUGUUAGGGAUGGUUAUAAGUUCAUCGGCACCCCACAUGGGAUAUUAUUGAGGCGUCUACGCGCACCAUUAGAAGAUUUUAAAGCAGCGAAACAUGUCUACAGCCAGUUGUGCCCCUGGAACAACGUGCGAAGUUUUGUGGACUAUUUGCUGAAAAAUAUCUGUUAUAAUAGAGAUGGACUGGUAAUUCUUAACAAGCCUUAUGGCAUAAGUGUGAAACCACCAACUAAGAAAUUUUUUUUAUCAGAAUCAUAUCUGUUGAACACAGCAGUUGUGGGAGAAUGUCAGGAAACUCUUUUAGAUGCCUUACCAUACAUCGCUGAAGAAUUGGGGUAUCGCUCCCUUAGUCCAGUAAAGACCCCUGGAAGGUAUGCUAGUGGAAUCACCAUUUUAUCAGCAGAUGAGAGUGUUGCUAAAAAUGUAAGGAAGUCAAUGAAUUAUGGCAAAGUACAGGACAAAGUGAUCUACAACUAUUGGUUGGUUGUAGUAGGGCAGCCCCAACCUGAUUCCGGCUCUGAGAACAUUGGUAUCACAUUGAAAAAAGGACCUGGACAAAAGGAAUCACAGGUGAUUCUUGAGACAAAAUGGUCAAAGCAGUCCGUGAAACGUCAAGAAAUUUUUCCUACAUUUGUAGAGUACUCCACAUUGGAAAAGGGAUCUCUUUGUAGCCUGGUAGAAUUCAAAACAUCACGCACAAAAUGGCAUUUUAUUAGGAUUUACUCAGCAUAUUUGUUGAGUCCAGUUUUAGGAGACCACCUUUAUGGCGGAAGAGUGCAGCAUGUUCUUGGUAUACCUGUAGCUAUAAGUCCCUACAGUGAUCACGCAAAGUUGCCUCAGAGGUUAAGUAAACAGUUAGUUGCUGCCCUGGAGCUAAAACCUGGUGAAGAUCUGAUUAUACCGGCACACAUUCACUUUAAAAGCUUGAUUUUAAGAAGUUAUGAAGGCAAAAACAAUGAUCUGAUAAUUGAUGCCCCUCCUCCAGACUAUUUUUUGUGGUCUUGUAAAAAAUUAAUGCUAGAGAGAGCAUCCACAAGAACCAUGGCAUAGCAGUUACUUAUUUCUGUACAAGCAAAAUAAAUUUUACAAUAUAACAGCUUGCAAAAAUUUAUUUCUUAACUUUACAAUGCUACUAUUUUAGCAUUAGAUUCAUGUGCUUAAUACACAUAAGAAUCACAUCAAUAAUGUCUUACAAGUCUUUCAUCCACUGUGAACUAACACAGCUGAACACACUUUCUGCUUUUU